AAUCAAGUUGGAAAACGCUGGGGUGGCUGUGAAAUCGCUCAAUAAAUAAAUCAUAUUUUCAAGCCAAAUCUAUGUACAAAAUAUUGUUUCGUUAUUUGUUUUAGUAGAAUUUAAGUUGAGCACUCUCAGACAUUGGCAAAAUCUUUUAUUUUAGGCGAAAUUAUUCCUUACAUUUUGUUUUGAGUGCAUGACUGGUCACGUAAGUAAAAUAUUUUCUUGCACGCUUGCAAAACGGUCAGAUUUCUACGAAUUUGAUAUCUACAAAGCGCUGAUUACUCGGAAUUCGUAGUUCACUGAGUCAACAGUGCUUGGCAUCACCAGAAAGUGUAACACAGUUAUCCGAUUUGACCUUUUUGCUAGUCCGAAGUGUCAAGUUGUCUUUGCAGAGAACACAGGAAUAGAUUAGCGGCGCCGCCCGAGGUGGCAUCCUGCGGGUGUAUAUUAGCGGUUUUGCUACAGACUAGCCUCUGUAUAAAGGUUCAGAGCCGCUAGUCUGUCGCAACUCUGCACAUCUUCGUUGCCGUAGCGCACGCCUUACACGCGGUCACAGACUUAACGAAAGUUUACAUCGAGCGAUGGUUGGAAUCCAACUGUUGUUGCACAUUGGAUUUUAAGUGCCAUCGCUAGUUGUGGACGAUCUUUCAACAACUUUUGGGCUUUAUAUUGUGUGAAUAACCUCAAAGGUAAAGCCUUCAGGUGUUUGUUGACUCUCUUGUUGCUAAAAUACUGUAAUGAGUAAUCUGAUACUUUCCCUGUUCAAGAGCUCAAAUGUAUGACAGAUCAACAACAAAGCUUUGUCCUAGAGUAAAUAUGAAAUCAAUAAGUUGUUUGUGUCAUGAAUGGUAAUAAUUGUGCAGCAUUAGCAUUUUGUUUCAGUCAGUAAGUAUAUCUGGCAGCACGGUCAUCAGUCACUCACAGUAUUUGCAGCAAUAACUAGUUUAUUUUUAAAUGACUAUCACUUAUUCAGUAUUUACAGUAAUUUAGUAUUAGUGCUAUCUCUUUUGUGAUAAAAGUGGUCUGAUUUAUGAGUUAAGCCAGGAGACAAUUUUUGAUUAAAAAGUUUGAAUACAUUAACAUUGUUAUAAUUUUAUUUAUAAGCUUAUUAUGUGACAUAGACAUAUUAUAUACCUUGUUUAUUCAAUGGAAUUUAUCAAAAGAAUAAUGGUCCAAAAUAAUCAUUUCAUAUUACUUUACAUAUUGUUUGUUUUACAAACCGACCUGGCUUCACUCAUUGGUACAGCAUAAGCAUUUUAAGCUAACAAAUAUUUUUAGACAAUAAAAUGAGUGAAGAAGCUCAUUCAGAGGUCCGAGAAGUGCAAGAGAUACCGCCUGCUAAGAAACAGAAGCUCAAUGAUGAGCAACCAACUAGCAGUAAUACUGGAGAAGCGGAAGUUGACUCUAUACAGGAUACAGCCGAUGAUAAGUUUGGUAGUGAGGACAGUUACGGGAACUUUGUGACACCAGAAGAGCUGGAACGGUUGAAGGAGUUCAAGGUGCUGGACGAAGUCAAGUCUAAUGAUGAAGACAGCAAUGAUGAGGAAUCUGACAGCUCUGACGGUCUGCCCGAGGAGGAAAUUGAAAAGAUGCUGGAGGAAGACCUUCCAGAGGACUUCAAGGGAGCUCCAAAGCAGAAGGAGAAAGCCUACAUCACUAGACAAAAGAUUGUAUUAGAAGAGAAGGGUGUCAAUCACUUCGAGGUGCUGCCGCUGGACUGGACGAUGGUGCGUCACGUGAGUGGCAUGCCGGUGUACAUGCAUCGAGCCACGCGCGUCUGCACGCUCUCCAAGCCAUACUUCCUCGGCAAAGGCAACACCAGGAGACACGAGAUACCAAUAAGUGCAAUCCCCUGCUACGCGUACCGGCGCGCUCUCGAAGAAGAGGAGAAACAGAAGGAGAUCGACAAGAAGAUUGCAGAACAGAUCCGCGCGGGCACCUGGGUGAACACGCAGCCUAAGACAGAGAACAAUGACAAUAGCCAGGACAGCAUGGACCACAGCCAGCCCAGCAUGGACAGCACCCAGCCCAGUGACGUCACUGAACCAGCUCCUUCUUGCGAGGUCACCGUCAAAGACGAAACUAAUGUCAAACAAGAAGUACAGUGCCCCUACAUGAACGGACACGCUAGCUUAGAAAAUAUGACAUAUGAAAACCUUAAUAAUGGUGAAGCAACUGCAGAUAGUAAUGAAGUUUUACCUGUAGAAAAGACUGAAGAAAUCGCUGAAGAAAAUCCUGACACAGCUAGCAAGGAAACUGAAGAAUCUGUGGACCAGAAACCCGAUGUAUCAGUUGAUAGUGAAAUGGCGGGGCCAAGUGGAGAGGGAACUAGUCAUGAAUCGACUAGUAAUGGAGAUGUGGAAGUUCCACUGAACAGACAGCCUGUAGUUCUCCCGGGAGGUAUUGUGAUGCCUCCUCCCAGGGUUGAGACGAUAAACACCAGUUGGAAGACUCAGCACUUAACUGCCGAACAAAUCAACGAUUACUGCAAGAAGCUGUUUAAGUUCAAGACUGUUUAUAUCAUGCAUUUUAAACGCUGGGCGGACCGGCGCAAGUACACGAAGGCCCGCAAGACGCUGCAGUACCCCACGCUGCCCGAGGGCACCAAGCUCAUCACCAUCCCUGCGCAGCCUGCCGCCAGCACCGACGAUAACAACGCGGCCGGCAAGGCGAGCAAGCGCGACUGGGUGAUGAACAUGAACGGGCGCAGCUACCUGUCCGUCUUCCACGAGUACGUGCGCCGGGCGCUGCAGAAGCAGCCCGUCUACGAGUUCCGGCAACUCGAGAACGCAGCGACCCCGUACCAGGCGACGGUGUACAUCGGCGGCAUGCAGUACGGCGUGGGCCACGGCUCCAGCAAGCGCCAGGCCAAGUCCGCCGCCGCCCGCAGCUCCAUACACAUCCUCAUCCCCGAGAUGCGCGACCAGCUCGAGCCCACGGCCCAGCCCGACCCCGAGCCCGACUUCACGUUCUUCGAUUACGUGGGCAUCGAAGACCCGCGCAUCACGGAGUUCUGUGCAGCCACCUUCGAGCCAUCCCCCCACGCCAUCCUCCGCACCUGCCUGCUGAGGAACUUCGGCGCUGGAGACCGACACAUACAUACUGAGAUGAAGAAGCUGGAGUAUCAGAAGAUCGAGCUGACGAUGAAGGUAGGCAAGCACACCGCCACCGUCGUCAGCAAGAACAAGAAGACCGCCAAGCAGCGAGCCUCGCAGGCUAUACUACAGGCGUUACACCCCCACGUUCGAUCCUGGGGCUCUCUCCUCCGCCUCUACGGCUCCCGCUCCGUUAAAAGCUGCAAGGAGAAGAAACUAGAAGAACAGCAGAUCACCCUCCUGCAAGACAAGGCACGACACAACGAACCGAACUACGCAGUACUGGAUAAACUGCGCAACGAGAUGCGCAAACUGCGCGAACGAGACGAAGCCGUCGUGCCGAUCGGUACCUUACUAGUACAUGAUGAUCUGCCCACACAUUCGGGCUCUAACUUGAACAAUGUCGAUUUGUAAUUGUUUCGGCCAGUACCGAAAAGGUUUUAAGUCUUGAUGAAUUUGUUGUACGAUUUGGCCCCCAGUUAACUGGCAAGAUAGACAUAUUUUUUCUUAAAACAACUGUUUACUUUGAAAAUUCAUUAUUAACAGUUGUUUUGAGAAAACGGAUUAACUGCCGUUUAUAUUGUUGGUGAAUUCGGGCCUCAAGUUUAGUAAAAUACCGUAAAAAAGUUGUAGAAUGUUAAUGCAUUACUUGGGAGUCUCUUGUGAUAUACCUGGCCUGUAUGUUGACCUGCUUAUGAAUUCUGUAUUUUUUUACCUUUAAGGAUUGUAUUAUCUGAAUAAAAUAUUGAUUGAUUAAGUCAAUCUACAUGGAGCAGAAAUAACAUCAAAAGACAAGUAGAUCAAUAAGCGUAGUUCAAUAGGCUCCUAUAAUUUAAACCAGCAUACAUUAGAGUAAUAGGAUAGCGGCGUUAGGAUAGAUAAGUUUUAAUCUGUACUUACGAAUGCUUUACCUUUGACUAUGUCAGAUAAUGUGAUUUACAACGUGGUAUAACUAUUAUACUGAAGUGUUAGGAUUUGUAAUUGUUAUUUUUGGCCUAAGUUCACCGACAGCACAAAAGGCCGUUUUUUCCAAAAACAACUCUCUACUUCGAAAAUUGAAUGUAAAAGUUCUUAGUAAUCAUUUGUUUUAAGAAAACUGAUGUUGUCGGUGAACUUGGGCGUAAGCGUGCUACAUGUUUACCCUAGUCUUACUAAACUAUGUGAUAUGACGGACAUCUAAAGCCUAUAAUAAUUUAAUUUUCAUUUAUUUUAUUGAUUGUGCCUUCUUUUGCACGGAGUCAUAGUUAUGAAGACAAAGAUUUAUGCCCUUAUAUUUACGACAUCAACACUACCGUUAGGUUGCAAGCGACAAGCAGUGUCUCAGAUAUUUUUGUAAGACUUUUCUUGUCACCAUUAUGUGAGAUAUAUUCGAAGCUAUGCCUCAUAUCGCCUCCAAUCCAUGUGAUGAGUCUGGCACAACAAUAAAUAAGGAAAAGCUUUAAAAAAUGUUAGUUUGACAAACCAACGGACACAGGGUCGAUUCCCCUUUUGCAUACAUUUUGUAUGAAACUUGUUCAAAAGAGGAUUCAGUGUUUCAUCGGCCGUUAAAUUAACUGCUGAAUGUUUUUCAGUUACAUGAAAUAACAGCUUCGUUCAUAUUUAACUGAUCAUUGCAAUAUUUUUACUUUAUUGACAAAUUGUAUAUUUUUAUAAACCUAGUUUAUACGGCAUUUAUGUACUACAUAUAUAUUAAGUUUAGCAUCUUAUCCCCAUAUGAGUGUUAAAUACUUUAAUUAUUAUAGAGUAGUGAGUCUGUCAGACUCUGGUAAGUGUAAUGACAAAGGUAGGAAUAAACUCCUUUGAUUAGGAAGCAGAUACCAUUAUAAUGAUAUCAGUCAUCAGUCUAAAUGACUGAAGUCAUUAUAAUGUUAUCGAAGCUAUCACGAUUCUUAUAUGAUAAGUGGUACGAAGCGUUGCAUUUAAUUAUGGCGAUAACCGAACCAUUUUUCAACAACCAAUUGUCAAAUCAGCGAUUUGACCAAUAGUUGGCAAUUCACGGUUACUGGUUAUCGUUAGUGGUGCAACUCAUCCUAGUGUAGGUCUCUUGUGCAAUCAGUAACUAAUUGUGUGAUUAUCCGAAUGAAAUAAAAGUAUUUUAUGCCCUUUUAAUUGAGAAUACAAAUUAAAUUCCCAGCAAUAAUGUGA